UCAUGAAAAAAAAAAAGAGAGAAUAGAGGGUCCGAUUGUAGUACUUAAAAAAGCAAGAAUUUGAAUGUCCGAUAUUUAGAGAGCCGGCGAGUCCGUAGAGCGUCGAGUUUCGAGAAAGCGCCGGGCAAAGAGAGGUAAACGAUGACGAACGCCGCGCAAAUUCCGACGAGUUUCGGCCAUGAACUUCGAGCGUGUCUUCGUUGCCGCCUAGUGAAAACGUACGAUCAGUUUCGAGAAUCAGGAUGUGAGAACUGUAGUUUCUUCAAGAUGGAGGAGGAUCAUGAACGUGUCGCGGAUUGCACUACCCCUAAUUUUACCGGGAUUAUAUCGGUAAUGGAUCCUGCCAGAAGUUGGGCUGCUAGGUGGCUUCGAAUUGGCAAAUAUGUUCCUGGUUGCUACACACUUGCAGUCUCAGAAGCCCUAUCGGAGGAUCUGCAGGCUCUAUGUGAGGAAGAGCGGGUGCAAUAUCAUCCACCAAAACGCGCAUGAAUCUAUAUAUAAGUUGAAUUCAUAGUUGUAACUGUUUGGUAUAAAAAACUAGAAGACUUGGCUCAAACACUUCCUUUAGGAGACUUACUUUUUGUUGUAUGGGAGAUUUUUGAUUUAUUAAGAUUCCGACUUCUCCGUAUUUGUCUCUUUUUUUAUUUCAUGUAUAUAUUUCUCAAUGGGUUGGUUAUACCA